GAGAAGUGAACAGUUCCUGGUUUACCAGUGAAGAAGAAAGAGAGGCAGCGUUAAACCAUCAGAUCCUCCAACAUGAACGUCUGUCAGUCUCUGAUCUGCUUCUUCUUCCUCACAAUGCAGAAAGGACACAUUGGUUUCAUCAAUGCAGAAAUCAUCAAGAGUACAGGAACUGAAGGAGGAGACAUCACAGUUAGAUGCCCCUUCACUUUCUCUGGAAAGAGGAAGAUCUUUUGUAAGGAUGAAUGUAAAGAUGGAGACAUUCUCAUUAAGACAGAAGAUGACACAGCUCAGAGAGGCAGAUACAGCAUCAGAUAUGAAGAGGGAAAUUAUUUAAGACCUGAGAUAGUUCUGUAUGUGAGCAUCACAAAGCUGACUCAGUCUGACUCAGGACGGUACAGAUGUGGUCUGGUCAGAUUUUUCCCAUUCCCACUCCCACCAUCAUACCAGGAGAUUGAGAUCCGAGUUACAGAUGCUCCAACCUCUCCUCUCAGACCUUCUUCACCAUCAGUCCCAUCAGCCUCCACACUGAUGACAUCACAAAGUUUAAGCUCCACAACUUCAUUAGACUCCACACUGAUGACAUCACAGACAACAUCUUCUCCUGACAUCUACAUUCACGUAUUUGGGAGUGCGUGUUACAGGGGCUGGGGAGAAGGGGUUAACCGUAGCAAGUUUUAA